GGCGCCUGGCAAGUGCACAAUCGCGGUGAGGGAGGCGCGCAGCAGCCGCCAACGCUCCGGCCCAGCUGCCGGAAGGGCUAUAAAAUUAUACAUCAUGGCCCUCCUAAAGACACUCUAGGAAAACCAUGUCAUCCUGAUCUUAAAACACCUGCAAGAAAGAGCACAGUACUUCACCAUUAUUUUCAGCAAUGGCUUUACUACCGGUGUUGUUUCUGGCUAUGGUGCUGCUUCCAUCUUUACCUGCAGAAGGAAAGGAUCCUGCUUUUACUGCUUUGUUAACCACCCAGGGACAAGUGCAAAGGGAGAUUGUAAAUAAACACAACGAACUAAGGAAAGCAGUCUCUCCACCUGCCAGUAACAUGCUAAAGAUGGAAUGGAGCAGAGAGGUAACAGCGAAUGCCCAAAGGUGGGCAAACAAGUGCACUUUACAGCACAGUGAUCCAGAGGACCGCAAAACCAGUACAAAAUGUGGUGAGAAUCUCUAUAUGUCAAGUGACCCUACUUCCUGGUCAGCUGCAAUCCAAAGCUGGUAUGACGAAAGCCUAGAUUUUGUCUAUGGUGUAGGACCAAAGAGUCCCAAUGCAGUUGUUGGACAUUAUACUCAGCUUGUUUGGUACUCGACUUACCAGGUAGGCUGUGGAAUUGCCUAUUGUCCCAAUCAAGAUGCUCUAAAAUACUUCUAUGUUUGCCAAUAUUGUCCUGCUGGUAAUAAUGUGAAUAGAAAGAAUACCCCUUACCAACAAGGAACACCUUGUGCCAGUUGCCCUGAUAACUGUGACAAAGGACUAUGCACCAAUAGUUGCCAGUAUCAAGAUCUCCUAAGUAACUGUGAUUCCUUGAAGAAUACAGCUGGCUGUGAACAUGAGUUGGUCAAGGAAAAGUGCAAGGCUACUUGCCUAUGUGAGAACAAAAUUUACUGAUUUGCCUAGUGAGCAUUUUGCAGGACU